AUGGCAUGCGCGAAGGGACCUGAAAACACAUGCUGGGUACGCGUUCUGUUUGACAGCGGUAGCCAACGCAGUUUCAUCACCGAAGAGCUCGCGAAGCAAUUAGGAUGCCACUCCCACGGAGUCGAAAAAAUCAGCAUAGGGUCGUUCGGUGGAGCAACAGUCACCAAGGCAUUGAGCAAAACUUCGGUCAAGCUGCAAAUUACACAGGGCACUGCCGUAGAAAUUGACCUGCUGCAAACGCAGCAAAUAUGCGCCAACGUACUUCCUGCCAUCGAUCAAGAGCAUCUCAAGGUCACUUUCCUACUUGAGGAAGCAUCGAAUGUCACCACGGCAGAUCAAGAACUUCCUAUCUCCAUUCUCAUUGGGACCGAUUGGUACUGGACACUCGUGCAAGAUGACAUCAGGAGAAUUAAUGAUAAUCUAGUGUGUGCCCCCACCGAAUUAGGAUGGUUUGUGCAUGGCGUCGUAAACGACACGAUGAAUUCUCAAGCCCAGGAGCAAGCUGUAAUCCUCUGUGUUCGGCAAGGCCUGCAACGUCAAUUCAUUAACAACAUUUGGGGUCCAGAGGACGAAGCCGAUUACGACGACACAACCGCAGGUGAGGUAUUGAACAGGUUUAAUAGUACCGUCAGGAACGUCAACGGAAGGUACGAAGUACGGCUACCUUGGAAAGACGACAUAGACCUUGGAACAAAUGAACGAAACGCACGGAAACGACUUAAAGGUUUGACGAACCGUUUACUUCGUACGCCCGACCUGCUCAAGACGUAUGAUGAUGCUAUCCGCAAAUAUCUAAUUGACGGCGUCGCAGAAAAGGUGCCAGAGAACGAAUACAAUCACGAUCAAGUUGAUAGACCACUGUACUCCUUACCUCACCACGCGGUCAUUCGCACGGACCGCAUUACAACGAAAUGUCGUAUCGUGUUUGACGCUUCCGCUCAUGAAACUCAAGAAAUCAGCUUGAACGAAUCUUCACAUCGGACCCAAUAUGAACCCGAAUGUAAGCGUUCUCCUACUGAGAUUUAG